AAAGAACAACUGCCUGCUGUUUUCUCGUGGCAAAACACGAUUUGUCGCUUCGCUAAUUUCACAUUUCAAGCUACUCAUUUAUUUAUGCUUUGAUAAAUUUAGAGACAUUUGAUUACCGUUCACUUCUGCACAAGGCGUGUUGCUCCCUUUGGUAAAGAUAACUCGUGAAUGAGAUGACUUUACAAGGUGUUGUGGUGUUUUCCAUCUUGGCUCUUCUGAGCGUGAAAGCGCUCGGUCAGGAUGGAGAACCAAUGCGCUUUGAGACGCCUAAAAUGAAUGAAGAAGAACAACAUUCACCGCACACCCCAAAGUCGUUUGAGAUGACGUGUGACGCUUGCACUGCGAUUGCUUAUCAGAUGAGUAAAGCUUUACGUAAAGCAGAAGAUAAGAAACCAUCCUUGAAAGGAAAACCACUUCCAGAGUCGGAUUACCUUGAUGUGUUUGAGGCAGUUUGCGACAAUUCUUGGGAUGACUAUGGAUUGAAAACAGUUCAGGGGGUGAACCGCUUGUCUGGCCCGGGUGUGGAAGCAAAAGACUUUCCUGGUAUGAUGCAAGGGGGAGGCAAAUGGCCCGGCAGACUUGCUCAGAAGUGUGGUGGUUUGGUUGGAGACAUUGGAGAAGAUGAACUUUAUACAGAGUUCAGUAAAACAAGGGACCUCUUUAACUAUUUGUGCAAAGAAUAUACCAAGGAUUGUGUCAAAACUGACAAACAGGAAUUAUGAUAUAGGUCAUAGCACCUUACUAACAUUGAAAAGUUAAGUUUUGAUGCAAUUAUGCCCAUUUGGAAAUGGUUAAAAACUAGAGAGAUUUAUCAUUAACACUGCGGCCUUUUAAAAAGAACUGGAAUUUUUUUAAAGAGGUUUUGUCAAAAUGCUUUAAAUCUUAGCUUAGUCAGGGAGUCAGAUCACUUAUUUUGUGACCAGUUCAUACCUACAAUAAUUUUCAGUUAUUAAGAAUGGCUAAAGACAUUUUUACACUGGUUUUCAGAUUUGUUGCAUUUGUAGAAAACUCAUAAUUUAUUGAUAAACUAUUUGAAGUUCUUGGUUAGAAAUUUCUUGCAUUAACCUCUUGUUAAAAAUUACUUUUUGCUUGUUGUGAAACAAGAAAGUUGGUAAGAUGCGCAAUGCCUUUGCUUUUUGUAAAUUGUGCAUUUGAAGCAUACUCUUGCUAAUAAAAACAAAGUACUUUGAAAUUAGUCACAUA